GGGGCCGGGGGCUCCGGGCACGGCCGGGGCCGCUUAGCGGGGCGGGUCCCGGGUCCUGGGUCCCGCCUCCCGCCCGGGCCGUCCCGUCGGUGGCGCAGGUGCGGCGCCUUUAAGGAGGCGGCCCCGCCUCCCCGCUACUGCCGGGAGGUGCUGCCGGAGCCGUGGCAGGUACCGGGCACGGACGCGCCCGGCUACUUGUGGCCAGGGCGAACGAUGCCGGGCGGAGCGAUGUCGGAGGCCGUGGAUCUGUCCUUCCUCUCGGACGCGGAGAGGGAUCUGAUCCUGCAGGUCCUGCAGCGCGACGAGGAGCUCCGCAAAGCAGAGGAGCGGAGGAUCAGGCGCCUGAAGAACGAGCUGCUGGAGAUCCGGCGCAAGGGGGCCAAGCGGGGCAGCCAGCGCUACAGCGAGCGGACCUGUGCCCGCUGCCAGCAGAGCCUGGGCCGCGUCAGCCCCAAGGCCAACACCUGCCGGGGCUGCAACCACUUGGUGUGCCAAGACUGCCGUUCCUACAGCCUCAACAGCUCCUGGCGCUGCAAAGUCUGCACCAAGGAGGCCGAGCUGAAGAAGACGACGGGUGACUGGUUCUAUGACCAGAGGGUCAACCGCUUCGCCAACCGGCUGGGCAGUGACAUGGUGCGGCUGUCCCUGCGGCACAGGUCGGCAGCCAGCAAAAGAGAGACCGUGGGACAAACCCUUCUCCAGAAAGCCCAGCUCAAUGAGCCCAAAAGCUCCCCCACAGCCCAGCAGCAAAGCCCCCCGGCACCCCAGAAGGGGCCCAGUUUGUUCCCGGAUGCUUCAGACCCUCGGGAUGGCAAAAGCGACACAGAAUCCAUGGAAAACAUGAGCCUGGAUGGCUACAGACCUAGUCCUGGUGGUGGGGGCAGAAGUAACUCCUUGGAGAGAGCUGCCCCUCUCAGAGAUGGAAAACAGGCGGCUGCACCAGCAGGACCUGCUGCCUCCAGCCUGACCCUCCCUCUCCGCUCCAAAAACGCAUUCUCCGACAGACGGGGUGCUGCCGUGGGGAGCUGCAGCAGUGCCUUGGUGGACGAGCACGAAACGAUAUUCAAGAAGAAUCCCCGGCGGGUGGUGAGGCCUGCGGACUACACCAAGUCGGUGAUCGACCUGCGCCCAGAAGAUUUUGUGGGGGAAGGCAGCUCUUUGGGGGACCGGAGCAAGUCGGUCCCUGGCCUCAACACAGAGCUGGAGGAGGAAGAGGAGGAUAUUGAUAAUCUGGUGGAGAUCCAUCGCCAGAGGGUGGCCCGCGGCAGCAUGCGCAGUGGCACCUCCUUGAGCACACUGGGGAGCAUGGUCAGCAUUUACAGCGAGGCUGGUGACUUCGGCAACGUCGCGGUCACCGGGGGAAUCUCCUUUUCCCUGAGCUACGAGCAGAAGACACAGACCUUGUUCAUUCAUGUGAAGGAGUGUCGUCAGCUGGCCUAUGGGGACGAGGGCAAGAAGCGCUCCAACCCGUACGUGAAGACCUACCUCCUGCCUGACAAAUCCCGGCAAGGGAAACGCAAGACGACCAUCAAACGCAACACCAUCAACCCCCUGUACAAUGAGCUGCUGAAGUAUGAGAUUAACAAGUCCCUCCUGCUUGCGAGGACACUGCAGUUCUCAGUCUGGCACCACGAUCGCUUUGGCCGCAACACGUUCCUGGGGGAGGUGGAAGUCCCACUGGACACCUGGAACUUCGAGAACCACCUGGAGGAGUUUCUGCCCCUGCAUGGCAAGAUCGGGGCAGAUGCUGCUGGUCUCCACCAGUACAAGGGGGAGCUGGUUGUCUCCAUGAAGUACAUCCCAUCUUCCAAACACCCUGGGGCCGGCAAAGGCAGGAAGGGCAAAACAGGGGAAGGUGGUGAGCUCCAGGUCUGGAUCAAAGAAGCCAAGAACCUCACAGCUGCCAAAUCUGGGGGGACCUCAGACAGCUUUGUCAAGGGCUACCUCCUGCCACACAAAACCAAAGCCUCCAAGAGGAAGACGCCUGUGGUGAAGAAGACCCUGAACCCUCAUUACAACCACACCUUUGUCUACAACGGCAUCAACCCCGAGGACCUGCAGCACAUCUGCCUGGAGCUGACGGUCUGGGACAGGGAGCCACUGUCCAGCAAUGACUUUCUCGGGGGUGUCCGUCUGGGGGUGGGCAAUGGCAUGAGCAACGGGCAGGCUGUGGACUGGAUGGACUCCACGGGUGAAGAGCUGAAUCUGUGGCAGAAGAUGUGCCAGUACCCAGGCUCGUGGGCAGAGGGGACGCUCCAGCUCCGCUCCACCAUGGCCAAGCUGAGGCCAUAGGCUGUGGCACUGGGACUUGGCUGGGGGCUGGCACUGCUGCUUCUGGGCCAUCCUCGCUGCACGGCCUGGCAGGGCUGCCCUGUGUGGGCUGGCUUUUUGUUGGGUGGUUGUGGUUUUUUUCCUUUAAUAAACAUGACCCUCUCUAAACAGG